GUAAUACUUGGCUAUAUUUGCAUUGUAUUCGUUCUUGGCUCUAUAGGAACCGCAAUGGGUACGAAGUGGUGCGAGAUGGUGUUCAUCGAUGUCCCUCAGGGAUCGAAUGUCCUCGACAGUCCCCCCCAUAGCAACAUCAUAUGGAUAAGCAACGCCGUCUCCAUCGUCAACCUAUGGUUUCAAGACGGCCUUCUUCUUUACAGGUUUCAUAUAAUAUGGAGACAAAAUAUGCAAAUAAUCUUCCUCCCCACCAUAACGUUCUUGGCGACAAUUGUUCUUGGUUGUCUUCUCGUAGCCCAGACGUCCGAGCCGCUCAGCAGCUUUCCCUCAGGCCUUACCUCCCAUAUUACCAUAGCAUACUGGUCGCUGUCAAUUGCCUAUACCGCUGUCCUGACGUUAGGAAUAACGGCUAGACUCUUAUACAUGCGAUGGAGGAUUAGAGCUGCACUGGCGUCAGCAUAUCGCACCUGCAAUCCAUACGUCUCUAUUAGCGCCAUGCUGAUAGAGAGUGCAGCGCUAUACACAGUCAUUGGUCUGGUGUUCAUUAUUGCAUUUUCGAUGGAGAGCGAGAUACAGAACUUAGUACUGGGGUUAUUGGGACAAACUCAGUCGAUCGCGCCUUUGAUGAUUGUAUAUCGAGUUCUUCAAGGCAGGGCAUGGUCCACGUGCACUUAUCAGUCGCUCGAUAUUUCAGAUUGUUCACUCGUUGUGGAAGAGCGCUCUCCCGCAGGGCUUUCUGUGCAGGAAUGUGGAAGGAAUAUUAUGCUACAAGGUUGA